AUGGUUCAUUGUCUUAAGCCUCGAAGACAGCGUGAAAUAGAUAUAUUAUAUGAAGAUGGAGAAACAAGUGGAACAGAUGAAACAUCAUAUUCUGAAUUGUCUAAGUCUAACGAUGGAAUUAUUACAGAUGAUGAUGAUACAGAAGAUGAGAAUGCGAUUAUAUCACCAGAAACCCUUUCAUGUAAUGAAUCAAGUGAAAAAAAUGACAAACAUGACUCUAGUUCUCAAAAACAAGAUAUCCUUUUAACUUAUGGUAUAAAAAGUUUUAGAAGACGUCAGAAGUAUUUCAGAAACAUGUCUCCUGUUUUAAAUCAGAAGUCGCUUUUGCCUACGAAAAAAAAUGUUAAUAAUUCUACUAUGUUUAACACGUCUGAUAUUUUUGAAAAAAAAGUAAAGACUAUUCAGAAAGAAUUUAGAAAAAAAAAAAAUAAAAAAGAAAAAGUAAUACAGAGCGAAAGCAAAAACUAUCAGAAACCUAAUAAAGCUGACCCCACAUUUGUUCCUUAUAUUGGUUCUUUUUUUAUGCAUGAUAAACGUCAUAGCUAUAAUUCGUUUAUUUCUCAUAAAAAGCCUCAGUACUUUGGAAAUAGUUACUCUCGUCAAAGGAGUAAAUGGAAAAAUUCUCAUACAAAAUCUUUACAGGAUGAUGUAUGGACACAUGAUGCUUUUGAAAUAAAUGAUGAGAUUAGUAUAGAACCUAAUAAGCAAUAUAAUUCCAGUACAUCAAAUACUAAGAAAGAUCCUAAAAACAUAUCAAAACAUAGGUCUAGGAUUUUUAAUAUUCGUGUUAAGAUUUCUAGUUCUAAUGAUACAAAGAGUUUUCAGAAAGAAUUAACUAAUCAUUUUAAUCCUCUUUUUCAUCGGCUUUUUUUAAGAGAAGAUAAACCGGUGAAAAUUAAGUUUCCUAAUAGCUCUUUGAAAAUUGCUUAUCCAGCUCCUGAACAUUCUUUCAAAUUCGUUCCUAAAAUCAUGCAAGUACCUAAUUCUUUUAAUAAUUCGGAUUCUAUUGAAGUUCCUAAGGAAUCAUUAUUUACGAUACAGCAUACAAAUUCAGAAAUGUCUGUACAGAAUCCUACUUUAAAUAAUUUUUCUUCUGAUAAUCAAUCUGAACUGGAUUCUUAUUUACAGUUAAAGAACUUUCCAAUAUUGCAUGGUCAAUCUAAGAAUGUUACAAGCAGUUCAUUGGAUUUUCAUACACAUAAUGAUCAUCCGUCUUUAGUAUCUGAUAUGUAUAAACAUCAGCCCGUAAAAGGAUUAAAUGUUGAUUUGUCUCUCUUUUCUUUACAACCUUCUGUUGGAGAUACUUUAAAGCUUACAAAUGAUGAUAAAACAAAUACGCAACAAGUUUCUAAUGAAAAUGCAUCAGAAAUUUAUUUGCCCAAUUCUGCGGUAUAUUCAGUACCUUUUCACUCAGACUAUCGAACAUCUCAACAACCUUUAUUUUAUUAUUUUUCUACACAUUCAGGUCAUUCUUAUCUUGUAUCUUAUUAUAAUGCACCAUCUCAAUAUAAUACUUCUAUUUCUUCUACUCUACCAUCGAUAUCUACUUCAUCUUCAAACACACCUUCUAUGACACAAGAUAAUAAUGCUAUGAUAUAUUACUAUGAUCCAAUGCAAUAUUAUUAUUCAUAUUCUACAAUAUCUACACCACCCAAUUAUAUCCCAAGUAGGUCUGAAUCAAUACGUUCUAAUCAUAUUUCUACAAAGUUUCCGGUUAAUUCUAUUACAUCCUAUAAUUCUCAUAGAAAUAACUCUGGUGACGAACAAGGAAUGUGUUAUUACCCUCAAGGUUACAUAUAUUAUACUAAUGAAGUAAUAAUGUAA